AUCAACCAAAAGUGUAUGUGCUACUGGUGUACUAUGGAAGAGACAUGUUAAACAGCUAUUAAAUAGGAGUGCAAAUAUAGCUAUCGAAGAGGAAUGCAAUAUAAAGAAGCCAGAGAGUGUAGCAGGUGAAAUGUCAACAAAAGUGCCAAGCGUUAAACUGAAAAUUGAUCCUCAGGAUCUGCACAUACAGACGUUUACAGUGGGAAAAUUACUGGAACCAUUGAUAAUUCAGGUUACAACACUAGUGAACUGUCCCCAGAAUCCGUCCAGUAAGAAAAAGGGACGUUCCAAAAGGGCUCGUGUCUUGUUAGCUUCUGUGGAAGAAGCCACUUGGAAUCUGUUGGACAAAGGGGAAAAAAUUGCCAAGGAAGCGGUUGUCUUUAAAGAGGAACUUCAAGUAGCACUGGCUGAUGUCCGAAAAGAGAGUCAAGCCUUGAAGGUAUCAGCAGAGGCAUUUACCAGUGAUCCCUGCUAUCUUCCUAAGAGGCAGGCUGUUGUCCAAGCAGCACGAUCUCUUCUUACAGCUGUCACACGGCUUCUUAUUCUGGCAGAUAUGGUUGAUGUGUCAUACUUGCUGGAACAUCUGGCUGUGUUUCAAAGAACCUUUGAAAUGCUAAGAAAUGUGUCCAGUAAGUCUGAUCUACAGAAAACCUACCAGAAGUUUCGGAAGGAUCUGGAAAAUCUUGAUUACUUGGCAUUCAAACGUCAACAGGAUUUGAAAUCUAGCAAUCAGAGAGAUGAAAUUGCUGCCGCACGUGCAUCCCUGAAAGAAAAUUCUUCUCUUCUGCAUUCAAUAUGUUCAGCUUGUUUGGAACAUUCAGAUGUUGCAUCCCUUACAGCCAGCAAGGAUUCAAUUUGCAGUGAAAUACAGAAUGCUCUCAGUGUAAUUUCUAAUGCUUCCCAAGGAGUUGGAAAUAAAACGGGACAACCUUCAUCUCACAAAGCCACUCUAGGAAGUGCGCUUGAUGAGCUUGAGCAUUUAAUUAUCCAGGAUCCUCUUGUAGUGAGUGAAGAGAAAAUACGGCCAUCACUAGAGAAACGUUUGGAAGCUAUUAUCAGUGGAGCAGCUUUGCUAGCUGAUUCUUCCUGCACGCGUGAUUUCCAUCGAGAACGCAUUAUUGCCGAGUGCAAUGCUAUCCGUCAGGCUCUCCAGGACCUGCUCUCUGAAUACAUAAACAAUACUGACAAGAAAGAAAAAAAUAAUGCUUUGAAUGUUGCGAUAGAUAGUAUGUGCAAGAAGACAAGAGACCUUCGCAGACAGCUUCGUAAAGCCAUUAUAGAUCACAUCUCAGACUCCUUCUUAGAUACCACCGUUCCACUUCUAGUUCUCAUUGAAGCUGCUAAAAAUGGAAGAGAAAAGGAAAUAAAAGAAUAUGCUGCUAUAUUUCGAGAACAUACCAGCAGACUUGUGGAGGUUGCUAAUCUUGCCUGUUCAUUGUCAACAAAUGAAGAUGGAACGAAAAUUGUCCAAAUGGCAGCUAAUCACAUCGAGACUUUGUGCCCACAGGUUAUUAAUGCUGCUUUAGCUCUUUCUGCCAGACCAAAAAGUCAAGUUGUGAAAAACAACAUGGAGAUGUAUAGGAGUACAUGGGAGAAUCACAUCCAUGUUCUUACUGAAGCUGUGGAUGAUAUAACAAGUAUUGAUGAUUUUCUGGCUGUAUCAGAAAGCCAUAUUCUUGAGGAUGUAAACAAGUGUAUCAUUGCACUGAGAGAGCAAAAUGCUGACAAUUUAGAUCGUGCAGCAGGUGCAAUCCGAGGGCGUGCUUCAAGAGUAGCUCAUAUUGUUUCGGGUGAGAUGGACAAUUAUGAGCCAGGGGCUUACACUGAAGGAGUGAUGAAGAAUGUUCAGUAUUUAACCAAGAAUGUGAUUCCAGAGUUCAUUAGUCAAGUAAAUAUUGCAUUGGAGAGCUUAAGCAAGAACACAGUGCAUCUGUUUGAUGAUAACCAGUUUGUGGAUGUUUCUAAGAAGGUGUAUGAUACAAUUCAUAACAUCAGAUGCUCAGUCAUGGUGAUUCGGACACCCGAGGAGCUAGAAGAUGUAUCUGACCUUGAAGAAGACCAUGAUGCACGUAGUCGCACAAGUGUUCAGACGGAAGGGAAGACUGACAGGGCUAAGAUGACUCAACUGCCAGAGGCUGAAAAGGAAAAGAUAGCUGAGCAAGUGGCCGACUUCAAAAAAGUCAAGAGUAAGCUCGAUGCAGAGAUUGAAAUAUGGGAUGAUACCAGCAAUGACAUCAUUGUUUUGGCCAAGAGGAUGUGUGUGAUUAUGAUGGAGAUGACUGACUUCACAAGGGGUAGAGGACCACUGAAGAACACAUCAGAUGUAAUUAAUGCGGCAAAAAUGAUUUCAGAGUCAGGAUCAAGGAUGGAUGUCUUAGCACGGCUGAUUGCCAAUCAGUGUCCAGACCAAUCAUGUAAACAGGACUUGUUGGCUUACCUGGAACAGAUCAAGCUGUACUCCCAUCAGCUCAAAAUCUGCAGUCAAGUUAAAGCAGAAAUCCAGAAUCUAGGUGGAGAGCUCAUCAUGUCUGCUUUGGAUAGUGUCACUUCACUAAUUCAGGCUGCCAAGAAUUUAAUGAAUGCUGUGGUGCAAACAGUGAAGAUGUCCUAUAUUGCAUCCACAAAGAUUAUCAAGAUUCAGAGUCCUACUGGCCCACGACAUCCUGUUGUGAUGUGGAGAAUGAAAGCUCCAGAGAAGAAGCCCCUAAUUAAAAGAGAGAAGCCAGAAGAAAUCUAUGCAGCUGUCAGAAAAGGUUCUGCAAAGAAGAGAAUCCAUCCUGUUCAAGUCAUGAGUGAAUUUAGAGGCAGAGAAAUAGUCUAGUAUUCUGCCACUUUGUGUCUCUAUCUUGAAAUUCUUACAUUUUUUCACCUCUUCCCCCUACUUAUUUAAUAAUUAUGUAUGUUAGUGUUUUGCUCUUCCCUAAAUCUCUAAGUUAACACUUGCUUAAAUUACUUAGAAAAUAUUGGAUUAAUUAACAGCACAGUUGAAAAAAGUACGUAUUGUCUUGCAGUGUCAAACUAUCAUGUCUUUAUACUGCAUGUUUUCAGCAGAGCACUUUGAGUCAUACAUGAUGGGACUGUGUUACAGUAGUUGAAAAGCAGGAUGCCAUGUGCCAAACUCUGCCCCAAGUCCUCCUGCACCUGCUAGGGCCAGGCAUUCCUUCAUUGGGGAUGAAUGAAACCGAUAUUAAACUGCAUUGUAGUUUAUGACAUACAGAAUUUUGGAACACUGUCUACUGGGAAUGUCCUUUUAUCAAGAUCAUUACACUGUGAUCAAAACAGCUGGACUGCUUGAUGCUAACUGAGCAUUUUGGCCUUUACUUUUUAUCCUGAUUGAAAGGUCCAGAGAUCAACCCCCCUCCUAGGCCCAGCUUUAUGUAAAAAUAUAGGAAAUGUAAACUUGAAAAUGUUUGAAGAAACAAGUGUUAUAAUGACAUGGACAUGAUAAUGUAACAAAAAAGCAGCAUAGCAAUAAUAGCUCUUUAAAACUGCCUUUCAAAUGUUACCGUUAUUCAAUGUUCUGUUUCCUACUGUAUUCCAUGACCUCUAAUUCAUCUGGCUGAUUAUUGCAUUAACCACAGAAACAUUUCUGAUCACAGCACAAAAGAACAAGCAUGAAAUACAUCAUUAUUCUGAGACUACUGUGCAAGUAAAACAGACACAUCUUGAAUAUGAAGAAUGGUGAGAUUUUUGCAAGGUAACUAGCCAACUUGAUGACUUUGCUUAUGGAACUAUAUUCCCAAAUGUAGAACUAUUCUGUCUAGCAACUUGCUAAAUUACUGCAUUAUAUUUCAACAUACUUAAUGAAGAUAAAUGAUAUUACUCUGAUGACCACUAUUCUGUAAGAUUCUUACAGAAAGAUUUUUUUUUCCUAGAUGUAUUUAAAUACUAAAUCUACUUGGGCUGAUUUUUUUAAAUAAACAAAAGUCUUCCCUGCCAUAUCACUAGGUUUUCCCAGACCUCACCUAAGCGUCUUUCCUUAGCAAGUAGAUUUGUCUUCGAUUUUGUAUUUGCUCAGGUAUAAGGGCUCCCUCAAACUGCAGAACUUCAUGAUGCAUCACUGACUGCCAUUAGGAGGAGGCUCCAAAGUAUGGGCUGCUGCUCUGUCACUUACUACCAUGUUUGCACAAAAGUGCCCCUAAACAGCACCAUAUGGGCAGCAAAAACAACCUUGAACUGUGUUUUUUCCUCUUGUGGCUACUCUAUAAGAGCCUGUGCAUAGGAUCGGUACAAUGGAGCAAUAUAAAUUUCUAUAUUGUUGGUUAAGAAGCUCCACAAAACCUACAGUGGUCAUGCAUCAAAGAUUUUGCAGAUCAGUAUUCCACCAUCCCCGUCUUUACUAUCUGUCAAAUGAAACAAAAUGAAGGAGAAGUUUGAAAAAUUUGUAUUUCCAAUACAAAUCCCCUCCAGUAUUUUCACAAGAUCUUGGCAACGUACGUAGGUACUUGGUAAUCCUUUUAGGACUACACAGUGGGAAGCAGCUAACAGUCAAGUACAGCAGGUAGAUGCAAUACAGAGCUGGCCAUGUGAUGUACUUUCAGUAUGUCUGCUAGCACACUAAGCAAAGCUGAGAAAGAUUUUGUGUGGUGUAUUGCUCAGGAGAGUACACAUUGUCACAGCUUAAAACUAAGACCUUCAAAUAAUAGUUCAGGUUCUGGCCCAUCCUCUUAGAUUACAUAUUCCCCAAGCAAUAUUCAAGUCCACAAGGCAACAGGCAGAUUGAAAUAAUCUUGGUUUGAGGGGCAUUACUCUUAAAAAAAACACACCUCAUGUCUCUGGGUUACACCUUUGUUUUGAUUCACCUUGAUGUCUGACUUGUAUAACUUAUGCUUUGUUUUCUCAUUAAUUAAAAGCUUGUACACCA